UUGGUAUAACGUGUUUGCUGACGAUGCACUGAUACGGAUCGCAUCUACGAUCUUACAAACGCAAUAUUGUAUCUUUUUUCGCUCGAAAUUAUAAAUUUUGUGAAUCGUUUAAUAUCGUUGUACUACGAUGUCUUUUAUGGGAAAAGUUGUUCUGAUAACAGGAGCCAGUUCAGGAAUUGGAGCUGAAACAGCUAUUCAUUUUGCUCAGCUUAGUGCAUUGCUAUCGAUAACAGGGCGUAAUAAGCACAAUUUAGACAAGGUAGCCGAACAAUGUGGACAGCCUAAACCGUUUAUUAUAACGGGAGAUUUAGCCAAUGAGAAUGAUGUGAAAAAUAUUAUCGACUCGACGAUCAAGCAUUAUGGCAAAUUAGAUGUUUUAGUUAAUAACGCUGCAAUUGUAAAAUUCGGUAGUAUAGAAACUCCAAGCUUAGAACAAUACGACAAUAUUUUCAAUGUAAAUGUUCGAUCAGUAUUUCAAUUGACUACACUAGCAGUGCCAUAUUUAAUCAAAACGAAAGGCAACAUUGUAAAUGUUUCAAGCGUGGCUGGAUUACGACCAUUGAAAAAUAAUCUGCCAUAUUGCAUGAGUAAGGCAGCUCUGGAUCAAUUUACGCGUUGCGUUGCUUUAGAAUUGGCAUCACGACAGGUGCGUGUGAAUUCCGUAAAUCCUGGCGCUGUACAAACAAAUAUCCUUCGCAACAGUGGACUGAGCCAAGAACAAAUUAAAAUCCGUUAUGAGCAGAUCAAAGGGAUGCAUGCUUUAGGGAGAAACGGCGAUUCUUUGGAAAUCGCAAAAACCAUUGCAUUUUUAGCAAGUGACGAUGCUAGUUUUAUGACAGGGGUGACAUUGCUUGUAGAUGGAGGUUUGCAUAUUAUGCCUCCCGAGAAUGUUGCGACGCAUUAAAAUGAUACGCUAUAACAUAAUGCGCAAUAUUUGGAAAAUCGCAAAAUUUAAAUAGACACCAAUAAUUUUUAGAGCGUCCAUACAUACUAAACAUACGUUUUCUCGAAAUAUUGUCAAUAACUGAGAUGAGAGAAAAUGUAAUUUAAAUUGUAAUAAUUACAAAAUAUAUCACUACA